AUGUCCCGCACGAGACAGCAACUGAUUAAAAAUGCACCACUUCAAAACGAAGCGGAUUCGGCAUCGUCGACGCUCGCGCACACUGCUUCCAGUCUCGUCACGAACUUGCCCUCGGGUGGACAUUGGACCGUAUUUAAACGUGGAAAUAGUGACUCUUUACCAGAUUGCUAUAUUGUAAAUUUAAAAGAAAAGAAAUUCUACGUAAUGAGAGUAGAAGAUACAGCAACUGAAGGCAUUCGAGGGUGGGAAUGCACACCAACAGGAGAACCAGCACCUCGAGAUGUAGCAUCAAAUCCAACUUACUCUGUCGGUUGCUUGCCUGAAUGGGUCACUAAAGGUUGGAGACGAAACACUCUAUACGGAAUUGUAAUAUUUUUAAUGGUGCUUGUAUUUUUAAAUAUUGCACUAACGCUGUGGGUCAUCAGCUCAUUAAAUUUAACAGCGAGAGGAAUUGGUCCUAUAACUAUAGUGAAGGAUGGUAUCCGCCUAGAUGGACAAGCGUGGAUGGUAGACAGACUCGUUGCAUCGACAAUAUCUUCACAGCCCGUUCAGUCUAUCACCUUAAACUCUUACCGUAACUUCACCAUCCUUGUCUCGGAUCCCGACCAUGAAGAACACACUAAACUAUUAAUAAAAAGAGAUAGUGUAGAAUGUAGUGGUCGCGUGUUUGAAGUGCGCGAUGCUAAAGGAAAUGACGUAUUUUACGCAUCUCGCGAAGAGGUGCGUGUCUUUGCGGAAGCUCUAGCGGUAGACGGCACAGGAGGUAUCAACGUGAAAAGUGCAGUCCAAGCACCAGUAGUACGUGCCCCGCCUGGUUCUGACUUACAAUUAGAAUCUCUGACACGACGGCUUGACUUGAGGGCACCACAAUCUAUAUUUUUGGAAAGUAGAGCAGGCAGCAUCGACGUAACUUCACAUAGCAACAUUAAGCUAAACUCCAUAGUUGGAGGGAUAAAAAUUGAUGCUCCUAAUAUUAUACUUAAUAAUCUAAAAGUGGCGUCAACGACCGAAAGUCCACAGAAAUAUGUGAGAGGAAAGAAAGUCUACCAAUUGUGCGCCUGCGCUUCGGGAAAAUUGUUUUUAGCAGCACCAGAUGCAAUAUGUACUAUGCAAGAUAACGAUAUAGAAUUAUGCCGA